GGGGGCCUAGGGAGCGGUCUACAUUUAACACACACAAAAAAAGAUUCUGAGUGAUUACGAGGAAAGAUGAUCCUCUGUUUCGCUUUGCAUCGUGAUGUAAUGGCGCGUUUUUUGCUGAUCUGAUUUCAGUGUCGUUCCAGUUUCAAGCCGAUGGAAAUCGUGGAGGACAAAUUCUGUGCCCCCAUCACAAUGCAUGCGAUGCCUCUUUGCACCAUUAGUGGUGGAGACAUAUUUGACUGUAUACAAAGAGGGGAUGUUGAACAGUGCAUACUCUUCGUGCAAAAUGAACGAACAAUCCUCAAGCACAAAGGCUGGGGUGGAUUCAGUCCUCUUCAUUAUGCUGCUCUCCAUGGAAACCGCUCCCUUGUAGACUUCUUCCUCAGUUCUGGUGCGGAUCCUAAUAUGACGUGUGAUUCAGGGCAGACAGCUUUUCAUUUUACCUGCAGGCAGGGAAACAUCUACAACAUGCAUAAAAUGAUGCAAUAUGGUGCAGACUUGCGGCUUGUGGACUUGCAGGGCAAAACAUCCAUGCAUCAUGCAGUUACCGGGGGCAACAUAGUCGCUGUGCACUAUCUGUGGGAGACAGGAGUGUUCCGAUUCUCUGACACGGAUAUGUACAAGGUGACGCCUCUGCAUCUUGCUGCAUCCACCGGCAACAUUGACAUGAUUCGCUAUUUGCUCAAAGACCAGCGGUGUGUUGUGAAUGCAGUUGACCAGCAGGGAGCGACAGCGCUCCAUGUUGCUGCAGAGAGGGGUGGAGUAGAAGUGUGUUGGGCUCUGCUGCAGAAGACUGGCUGCAUAGUGCUUCAUCAGAAGAACUACAGCGGCCUCACACCACUGGAUCUCUGCAAGCAGGGAAAGACAUUCAGGCAUCAGCAACUCAGCAAACUGUUAAAGCAGUACAUAAAUGAGCCAAUACAUCACAAGCCCAGAGAGUCUCAUGUUCUGUACUAUUGGACCCUGUUUUUUCCAUUUCUAAGUGGAGCUGCCAUCCUGCUGAUAGCUGCCAUGUUUGGGGGCUAUGGAGGCCUCAUCUGUGCGUUCCUCUUCCCAUGGCUGGCUAGAAGCAUUUUCACGCAGUACUACCGCAUGACCACAUACCAGAGGCUAGCUAAUCCGAUAUACUUGGGGACACUGUUGGCUGGCAUUGUCCAUUCCCUGCUGUGCUUCUAUGGAAAAAUGAUGCCUAGUGUGUGGCCCAUAAGCACUUUGGCUCAGGUGUCCUUGCUCCACUUCCUCAUACUAGCCAGUCUCUUCUACAAGGUUCUGACUCAGGAUCCCGGGGUUUUAGACAGAGCAGAUGCAGAUCCUCGCUUCUCUUGCAUUGCUGACCUGGUGGAAAACAACCAGAGCCCUCACAGGUUCUGUCCAUACUGUGAGCUGUUCCAGCCUGACUAUACAAAACACUGUAAGCUGUGUGAAGUGUGCAUUAAAGACUACGACCACCACUGCCUUUUCCUCAACCGCUGCAUCGGUCAGGGUAACCACAGACUCUUCCUCAUCUUCAUCCUCUCCAUGGUUACCGCCCACCUUCUUUUUAUCGCUUCGGGGGCAAGUUACCUGUAUGGCAGCUCGUCUGAGUCUAGUCCCAGCUUCUCACUGUGGCUCACGCUGUUAGGGGAGGAGUUCUGGAUUAUGGCUCUGAUUAUCAUGAAUGCACUGACGCUCCUGUGGGAGGUGUGGCUUCUGACAGAGCAGUUUGACGCCAUCGGCUCCAGAACGACCACCUACUUCAGACACAGUGAGGGCACUGCGCAGCAGAGGUCACUGGGACAACGGUUGGUGGUUGUAGCAGCCUUUCUCCUGGAGGGACGUAGAUCUGUGGGUGGCAGACAAAUUACAGAAGACAAAACCGCCAUAGAUAUUUAACACUGCUAGUUUGGCCCAUAUAAAGCUGUCUUGUUGACCUUAGUACUGUUUCUCAUGUGCAGAUUUAAAGCCUUGGAUUGUUCCAACACUGUACUGACAAUGUUUCCUUCUUUCCAGUGCCAUUUAAUAUUUUUAAUAUAGGAUUUUCUAAUAGCAGCUGAAUCUGUCGUACUGACCAGAAACCAGUAAAAUUAAUUAUUAAGCAAAUUUAACCAAACUCAUGCAUGAUUCAAAAUAUGAAAGCAAAGAAAUAAUAAGGAAAUCCAGAAGGAACCAGACUAGCAAACUGAAACCUAGAAUCUUCAAGAAACACAAGAACUAAUGAUUGCAUCUCAACACCUUAUGC